CACCUGACGCAACAACCCCGACUCCAACUUCACCGAACAGCCAUCGGUCUGCACAUCAGCAGCCGUUCCGACCGUUUCAAAUCAACCUAUCCCAGAAGCAAGCGAGAAGCCAGUCUGAAGUUCGCGGGUCUCCCACGAUUCCUUGAAACCAUGGAAACGGAUUUCUAACACCGACGCACAUUCGAGGACGGUAAAGUACGGAUUGUACAUACAUGACCUCCAAUGUAACCCCUCGACCCGGAAUAUAUAUGUUUGAAAUACUUCCGGUCACUAUAGGUCCCGACGUGCGAAUGGAAUGGGAUGGAAUAAGUUUAUGAGAGGGAUCUUUCUAUUGAGGCUACUGCGGAUUACCAAGGCAGUGGAAGCGCUGUAGUCGAUAGCACAGUCCGCGGGGACCUUCAAUUGAUUUUAGUCGAGUUCUCACGCCCGCCGUAACAGUGGCUGAGGGGCUGCCUAUACGUAGCAUGCUCAGCUUUUGAAGCGAGAGCGUUUACUCCGUGCUGUGUCAUCGUGCUGCUAGUGUCGGAUGGGAUUACUUUCAAGUGUGUUGGAAGGAGAAACAGUUGACAACAGAUUAAGGUAGCCGACGGACGAUGUGUACUGUGAAGCCAGACUGACACAGUGGGCCAGUAGCGGUGAAUCGAGCUGGUGCGAUGGAAGCGUGCAUACUGUUUGUCUUGGCGGCUGUGAUUGGUCAAUCGCUGUGCCAGUUUCAAAAUCAGCCAAUUAACGGACAGGUUGGAAAUCAGAACGGAAAUUAUUUAAAUGUCAAUGCUGGGAAUGCUGGUAACCAAGGCAACCAGUGGAAUAAUGUCCCGCGACAACAGGGUCAACAGCAGCAGAACCUCGUCAAACAGUUCAACCAGAACUCUGACCAGUUUGCUCAGCAGAACCUGGCAGGGGCCGCAGCACGGCCCCAGAACAACAACAACAACAACAACAACGAUAGAAACCUGAACAAUAAUCAACAACAAAUUCAUACGGGUGUAAUUGGAGCGCAAGGAAUAGGGAAUAACCAAAAUCAAGGAAAUAUUCAAAAUGUAGCACCCAAUCAAAAUCAGUUUAAUGCAGGACAAGGUGUUCAAGGUCACAAGGAACAGGAUCCUGUGGUCCAACCUGGAUCCAGCAACAUCCACGCUCGAGUUCAGAACGAGGCUCAUGUAAAUCCAACCCAGGCUGUUGGCAAUGGUGCUCAAGGUCAGCAAGUGAACCAGCAAAACAACCUCAAUCAACAGAAUCAAGGUAGUCAAGGUAAUCAGUUUAUCCAAGGCAAUCAGGUGAAUCAGUUCAAUGCAGGUGAUCAAGCCAAUCUGCUGAAUCGGGCCAAUUUGCCGGGUCAGGGUAAUUCUCAGGUCAGAGAAGAAGUCAAUGUCCAGCCCGUGCAGACAGCAGCGCCACCUGUGCAGCAAGACGCGGGUCAAGGUCAGAAUGACAGAAGAGCGGACAUCAUAGCAGAGGAUGACAGACAGAGGUCAGCAAGGUUGGAGCGACCGGUUGAAACCGGAAGUGACAACAGGCAAAACAGUGACAACGGGGAUAAAAGGGGAGUAAUCCAAAACGUUGAUGAUGGGGUAUAUCACAACAACCCACAGCCUAACAACUUCAACAACAAUAACGGCGGAGGCGGGUAUCAAAACUUCAACGGUGGGGGCGUGAACAUGAACGACCAAGGCAACAACUACCAGCAUCAGCAGCGUGAAAUAGGAGGCAUUAGACUGACAUGGGACUGGAGCGACUUCGCCAUCAGCUUCGACGACUACGGCGGUGCGGAGAUGAAGGUUCGGCGCGCUCCCCACUCCACCACAGGUGAGCCAUGGCCGUUACCCCAGUACUACGUCAAGAAGGAGAAGAGGGUAUACAAGCUCGACAAAGACCUGUUCACGUUCAAGGUCGUCGGGGAGACUUGUGACAUUAUCCAGGACGCCGUCGAAAGGUACCGAACGCGGGUUCUGGAGGAUGCUGUUGAGGACAUGUACGACAAUCUGCAGAACGCCCCCGGCACCAACAUCGACGACCCAUCACUGAAGUACGACAAAGACAUGUACACAAAGGCACACGUCAUCGCCAAAGUCGACAUCAAGAUUCGAAAGCCUUGCCAGAAGUUCCCUUCGGUUGACUCCGAUGAAUCUUAUGAUCUGGUUGUGAAGAAGGCACGUGCGUUCAUCUGGGCCAAUGAGGUGUGGGGGGCGCUGCGGGGCCUGGAGACGUUCAGCCAUAUUGUGUGGCGGGGACUUGAUGGCGAGGACCCGGAUGACCGAGCCAAAAAUGCAAAUCUGUUCGUGAAGGAGACUGUGAUCAGCGAUUACCCAAGAUUCCCACACAGGGGGAUUCUCGUGGACUCCUCCAGACAUUUCUUUUUCAAAGAGACAAUAUUUGAUAUCUUGGAUGGGAUGGAACAGAACAAGAUGAACGUUCUCCACUGGCACAUCGUGGACGACCAGUCCUUCCCCUACCAGAGUGAAGUCUUUCCCGAGCUCAGCCGCAAGGGUGCGUUCCAUCCGACUUUUGUAUACACCCAGAAGGACAUCGCGGAAAUUAUCGACUAUGCCCGAUUCCGAGGAAUUCGAGUUAUGCCCGAGUUCGACACACCAGGUAGGUCUUGGGAUCUUGUCCAAAUGGAAUAUUCAUUUAUUCAGAAUAAUACAUGUUAUAGCUACAGAAGGAAAGAGAUUAAAUAUCCCUCAGUGAACACUGCAGUGGGCGUGUAUAACUGCCCCGCGGUGACGGAUUUCACUCUCAGGCAAUCGAACCCCGACGUUGUCAACUUCGGAAUGGAGCUGUCCAAGCAGCAGUCCGACAACCCGCAGUCAACCUACAACGGCUACUACUCUAGCCAGUUCGACGUCAGGAAGGUCUACGAGUACUACGAGAACCGGAUCAUGAAGGACCUUCGCGAGAUCGGCAAACAUCGGAAAGAUGGCGUCAAGUUCGUCAUGUGGCAGGAAGUGAUGAACAACGACCUACAGCUUCCCAACGACACCAUCAUUGAAGUAUGGAUGGGCGAUAUGGCUGACGUGAACCGAGCCAUCUCCAUGGGCUACCAGGUUGUGUACGCCACGUGUUGGUACCUCGACCACGUGGAAUACGGCACUAAGUGGCCAAAAUACUACCAAUGUGACCCCGCAGACAGCACAUUCGGUUACAUGAUAGACGAGAAGAAGGUACUGGGUGGCGAGGCCUGUCUGUGGUCGGAAUACAUCGACAACGAAAACAUGAUGACAACGUUGUGGCCAAGGGCUUCAGCUGUAGCGGAGAGGUUGUGGAGCGCGAAAGAUGUCCGGGAUUUGGACACAGCGGGAGCGAGACUGAGUGAACACCGGUGUAGAAUGCUCAAUCGCGGACUAAGCGUAGCACAGAUCAGUGGACCGGAUUACUGCCUGAAGCGAGGGAUAGGGCGGAGCAGAGACAAGUAUCGCACGAACUCCACGUGCACGAGUGGGCGGUGCGUCAAGUCACGUGACGGAACGUUCGUGGAGAUGGACGACAUUGAAGUCCGUCAGCCGCACAGGCGCAUGAAGGUGCCAGAAUGUCCCAAGCAGGUGCCCGCCCAGGGGGGUUUGCUGAUAUUCCUUGGCACCGCCCUGAUAAUAUUGAUAGCGGUGGGCGUGGGGGUGAAGUCAACUAGCGGCCGCUUCGCCCAAGCCCGGAUAUGCAAGAACAGAACUAUCCUAAUUCUAUUUAUUAGUGUACUGUUAAUAUAUUUCAUGUGCUACACAUCAAUAUGGAUGCAAGUGUUCGACUUUUCCGGAUCAGUUCACAAGAGAGAAGACAGUGACUUGACAAACUUUAAGCACUGAUCAAAUCGUGGCAACGCACUUUGUGAAACAAUCCGAACUUCGACUGGUGUGUUCCGAUUGGCGGAUGUGACGUCAUUAACGUCGGUUUCCACGGGAAGCACGUAGUGAGUUGACGGGAAUGAGUGUCAGUGGAUCUGAUGCUGACGUGCUCUGUGAUGGUGAUGAGCAUAAUACUGUGACGCGAGAUUCGUGCUUGUUUACAAAUGGACCUGUGAAAAGCGAGGAUUCGUUGCAGGAGCUUUUAACCAAUGGGAUAUGUCGAUUUCAAGUCACGUGACUGUAAUGUUAUCACAAAAAAUGGACUGGACCACUUGUUGAUGAUAAUGAUUGUGACGUUGAUGAUUGUGACGAUGAUGAUUAUGAUGAUUGUGACGAUGAUGAUUCAAACCUACAUUUACAGACAGUAAUUUGUAACUUAAAUGUGUGAAUAUUGUAGAAAGGCCUUUUCAUAAAAGGUCCAUUGCUCCAGAUUUUCAAAAGGAAUAUUCUUCUAAUGUGAUAACGAGUGUUCGAAUUGUACAUAGACAGCGUGCUCUCUUGACAUGCACGUGCAUUCCGUGAUAUGAAUGAGUCUCACGUGUGUGUGUCAUGCAUGUCCGCCGUGUGGGUGAAUGUGACGUGUCUGCGUGUGCUGCACGUGCGUGUCUGACGCCAAACAUCUUCUCAUCGAUUGAACCGAAGUGAACCGAGAGUGAACCUAAGAUGUUUCCAUAGUUGAAUAGGUAAACAUUUUAUUUUUCUAUUUGCUUGCUCGCCUAAGAAAUGUGGCUUGUAUAUUGGCGGAGCUGCUCAUCUCUUGGAUCGUUUUCUGUACACAGGUAGCGAACGUGUUGAAAUGGUUUCCCGACAUUCAACAUUCAAAGGUAAUGUUGGAUAUCUACUUUUCGACUUGACAUGGUGCUCAAUUGAGUUUAGUUAAUUCAGCAAAUUAAUUUCAAUAUGUGAAUGACAUUUUCACUUGAUUAUAAGGAGAGAAAAAACGGGACAUAAAACGAGAACGUUCUAGUCUAAGGGAGGUAACUCCAAAUCUCGUUCGCGUUGAGUAUUUGCACAUGACAUUUCAAAACCAAACCGGUUUGUAAGUGCUAAAUUCACUGUAAUGUACAUACGGGGCUAUAUUUAUACAUGUUUGUUUUAGCGCGUUUAGUAGUGCGAAGUUUUAUGACGGAAAAUUGAAGAGGCAUUUUAAAGAUUUACAGAAGUCGAAUCCAACUAUGCAAGUGGAAGCGCCUACUACACAUGUAGGCAUUGCCAGCAUUUUGUUUCUUUGGGAACACAAAUUCCAAGUUUGUUGUCAUGGCUACCGGAUUGUCAUGCCGGCUUAAUGUCUGGUGUAGAAUUAGUUGUCAUGCUAACAAUUCAAUAAUUCUAGCAAUGCAAGCAAAAUCUUUCAUAAGCUUUAACUGUAUUUUUUAAAAUUUCAAUUAAAUCAAAAUAGGUUCGGUUUUAUGUGUGAUUGUUCCGGUAUUUUGAGCUAAGAUUUGGAUAUUUUACUUCGAGUAAUGAUUUCUCACAGGAAGUAUUUCCCUGUCCAUGAGGCGUUAAGUUUAGUUUAUCAAUCAAAUCUUUUAUUCUUCGUCAAACGAUUCUUUUUUAUAUUUGCGUCCAUGGCGAGGUUAGCUUCUCUUUGAACUUCUGCGCGUUCUGGACGAAUGACCUUCAUAAAAAAAUGUUAUCUCAUGAUAGUAUGUGCUUGAUAUUGAAUUGUUUUCCGUUCGUAUAUUUACCUUGAUGGAAUACUCGUGUCUUGAAAUGAAUCAUAUGCUCUAUUAAGCUUUAUUCUGAUUAGCAGCAUCGUGUGCGACUUUCUAUAUCAGCUGAAAAUGACACCUGUUUCGUCUUUUCUGUAAUAUACGUAUUGUCUGCACUUGACGGUCACUAUCCGGCCCUCAACUUCAUAAUUCACUCACUCACACAUAUAGAAUGUUUGACCAUCACUUGGUUUCUGGCCAUUACUGAAUUUCUGAAUGGGGUGUUUAAAUGCGUACCACAUUUUAUUAUUAGAUAUGUUUUACACGACACAGUAAGUAAUGAGGCGGUUUAAGAGAACUUAUUGCUGACAUCCAUGACAUUUCAGAUGUGAUAACACGCUUACUUGUUGAUUGUUUGUUGGCUGUUGGCUCCGAGGUUAUCGUAGCUGAUGUUAUCAUGAGUGAGUUGGAUUUUACGCCGCUUUUAGCAAUAUUCUAGCACAUUCAUGGCGAUGGAGACAGAAAAGGGCUUUACACAUUUUACAUGUGGGGAAUCGAAACCGGUAGCCUAGUGGUCAAAGUGUUCGCUCGUCUCGCCGAAGACCGGGUUCGAUUCCCCACAUGGUUACAAAGUGCAACAACCGUACGCUUUAACCACUAGACUACACCACCGUCCGUGUUGUUAGUCUUAUGUAAUUGUAUGUGUCCAAGAAAUAUGUAAUUCUUGUGAAAUAUACAUACCCCCAACCAGAGGGAUCUUAGCUUUACGUCUGUCGUAAUUGAAAUAGGGUUUUACUGAGAUGUCUUAGCGAGAGACUUCGUUGUUUCAAUAAAACCACAGCAUGAUCUGAUUGAUAAACUGGUACAGCUGUAAUGCGCGGCCGCAUAGGUGUCUGUAGACGGGAACGCAGUGUACAUGGCGAUCCAUUCUUCGCGCUGUUUCUAAACUGAUUGACUGUGUUCAUUAGUUGCAAUGUAUAUAAUUGUAAUAUAUAAGGAAUCCAAGAUUUAAACGUUUUCUUGCAUUGAGAGAAUGUAUGAUUUAUUUAGAUGUGUGUCUGUAUGUCCGUCUGUUUAUUCUAUGACUGUACUGUUUCGCCGAUCAUUUACUGACAUAAUAAUUUGUGAAAUUAGUGUAAUAUCUUAUUCUUAAAAUGUGAGAAAAUGUUCAUGAGCUUUUUUAACGAAGCCCAUUGUUAGUGUACAUAGGUCACUCAGCUCACUUUGCUUCACGUAGAUCUAUCUGUCUUAUAGCAGUCGGACAUUUCCGACAUUUCACGGAGGCCCCCAGUUAAGAAGUCAUCUUCCCCUCUACCACAGUCAAAAGGAUGUCUGUCUUCCUUGCAGUCACCCAAACAGCCAAUCGUGGACAUACCUCUUAGCCAACCGUUAAAUAUACUGUUACUACAAUGUGUACUCGUGCAUUAAGCUCAUCUCUUUGGCACCAAUCGAGUUUUGUCGUUUCCCCGAAGUAAACCCGAUCUUUUCCAUAUGCAGAGUCGUCAUCCCUCGCGCCUUUCCGUAACGCGCUAUAAGUCAUCCGUAUUGUUCCGGAAUGACACGAGGUGUCACGAAUGUGAAUGUUUAACAAACUUUCAGAAGAUAUUUGGUGUGUUCCUUUCGGAACGUUAUCUAGAGACAGAUUUAAUACAAAAUAUAGAAAUUAAUAUGUCAUAAUAUUUCUAAUUGAUUGCAUUUAGGCUCCGAUGUGUCAACAACAUCGGUACCGUACGGGUUUCUACAAUCUUUUUUUUCUUCUAUUUAUCUGCUAUGUAUCUAAUCAUAACAGUUGGUUCUGUAAUUAUGUCCGUGUCUUUAGUGGCUAGUGCCUACUAUCCUUCUGUAGGCGUCAGUGGUCGCCUUUGCUACAUUCAGCGAGACUGACGUCUCACACUUUCACGAGUCCAUACGAUUUCUCUCUGCAUUUUACAUAUAUCUUGUUUUAUUCAGUUUCAAAAUCAUGAAUAAAAUGUCUCAACCAUUA